GGGAGGAACAACUGUGCAAUAUAAACUAGCAACAAGUCCACAGAAGCAGUUGCAAACACAGCCAGGCAGAAUGAAGCUUUUGCUGCUCGUUGGAUUGCUGUGCAGCUGUAUCAUCACAGCUGUCCGUUCCAAACCACUGCAUCAUUUCAUGACUUCAAAAGACAUCGAAGAAGUUCUUGGAGCAAGAGGACUCGAAGACAUUCCAGAAUAUGAAGUUGUCACACCUGUACAGACAGACCAUAAAGGUGAUUAUCUCAGUCAUGACCUCGACACCCCACACACAAGAGCUAGACGUGAAGAACACCACUUAAUUCAAGACCUCCCAGCUCAUUUCGAAUUCACUGCGUUUGGAGAACGUCAUCAAAUGACGGUGAAGCCAAAUACUGGUCUUCUUGCUCCUGGAUUCUUCAUGCAGGUCUAUGGAGACAAUGGUACUGUGCAAACAGACUUUGAGGUGACUCUAUGUCACUAUGUCGGAAAUCUAACUUCCCACUCAGCACCAUCACACGUAGCAAUUAGCAACUGCAAAGGCUUGAUGGGUGUUGUCAUGACUGGCAAUCAUCACUCCUAUGUUCAACCUUUACCGGAUCACUUGAUCAGCUCUGAAGGCAAUCCUGACAACCACACACAUGUUGUUUACAAAAGAGCUGCAAACCAAUCGCUAGACUCAGGAGCAACCCCAAGGCCAAAUUUUGGUCAAGCUGAUUGUGGUGUCGAAGGAUCGGUGCCAAAUAAAGUUUACAAAACAAACAAGAAGCUUCGAGAAGAUUUGCAAUUUGGUCGUAUACAAAAUGAAGAUUUAUUUGAUUCAUCCGGAUCAAACUUGGGUGGUCGAUACAUUAUCGAAUCACUGGUUGUUGCAGACAGUGAUCUCCACGAGAAGCAUGGCUCAAAUACAGGAUCUACAAAGAAUUAUAUCAUUACACUGAUGAACAUUGCCAGUAGUUUGUAUAACAAGUUCAACCUUGGAUUUGAUGUGCGACUCGUUCUCAACAGAAUUCAAAUUUUUGGAACAUAUAAUGCACAAACAAGGCAAGGCUUGCACAUUUCUCAGGACUCAAAGACAAGUCUUGAGAGUUUCUGCAAGUGGCAAUCAAAGACAAAAACACACGAUGCUAGUGACCCGCUUGACUACGACCACGCAUUCCUUCUGAUUGGACGAGGAAUGUGCUAUAAUAGAAAUGAGGACUGUUGGGAGCUUGGUCGUGCAUGGAUUGAAGGAAUGUGUGAUAAAGAUUACGCGUGCUCAAUCAAUGCAGACAAGGGAAUGCAGAUUGGGUUUGUAUUUGGUCAUGAACUGGGACACAAUCUUGGAAUGUUGCACGACGGUUCCAAUGGACGCUGUAGACAUGAAGAUGGCUACCUUAUGAAAUCAACAACAAGCAAUGCUCAAAAUAUUUUCUUGUUUUCAUCUUGCAGCAAGGACUACCUAUUGGGUUAUCUGAGAGAUGGGGAUACGCAAUGUCUUAGAGAUGUGCCGAGCAACUGGGAAUCUGGAUUUGGACGUGAUAGCUACAAAUUUCCCGGUUUACUCCACACCCGUGAUCGGCAGUGCAAGUAUUCAUUCGGCAAGUAUGCAACUUACUGCUACAAAGAACCCGACUAUGCCGACCACCAAAUCUGCACCAAAAUUUGGUGUGAUGACAAAGAGUACUCAGUUUGUGUGAGUACUUACACGGGUGCAGCUGAUGGUACACCCUGUGAUUAUCAAUCAAAUUGGAGAGGAGACAAAGUUUGCUACAGAAGGCGCUGUGUACCCAAAUCCGAAGCGUUGAAACCACAGUUGCCUGCUUUUAGAGACUUUAACGACGGUCCUGCUCCACCCCCACCCGAUCCUGAGAAUCCUAACCCCACCACCAAAACUCCUGGCACAACUCCUAAACCUGGGCCUGAACCUUGUGUCCCAAACUCAGCACAUGCAGUGAUCGAUGGGCAGUGGAGUAGUUGGUCGGGAUUCACUUCCUGUGGUCGAACAUGUGGAGGAGGCUUUCGAUACAGAGAGCGUCGAUGUGCAAACCCAGCGCCUUCUAAUUGUGGACGUGAUUGUACUGGAAAGUCUACAGAUAUAGAAUAUUGUAACCCCACACCGUGCCCCGAAUUGGUUGACUACCGACAACAGCAAUGUUCACUACACAACAAGCUCAAACCAGGAAUUGAGCUUGUUCCAGAUUACAAUGUCCCUGAGAAAAAUCAGUGUCAGCUGAAAUGUGUGUCGAUCUCUAGUGUCAAAUAUACAGUAACUUCAGCCGAGGCGGCACAGGGUACUCACUGUAACAACAGAACAAACGAUCGUUGUUACUAUGGAAAAUGUCACCCUGUUGGUUGUGACAAUAUCUAUGGAUCCACUAAGCAAUUCGAUCGAUGUGGUGUCUGUGGAGGAAACGGUAACUCCAAAAACUGCAGACGGCAUACUGGAGUCUACCAUCUGCAACAUCAAUGGACAGGAUAUUAUGAUGUUAUUGAAAUUCCUGCUAGAGCAAGUCAAAUUUCAAUCUCUGAAAAAUCGCGAUCUCCUUCAAUCACACUGGCUCUUUCCUCCAAUGGCGUUUCAGUAUUCAACAUACCUAAGGUGGGUUCAAACUCUCAGACAAAGACUGCUGCAGGAUCGCUCUUUGUGUACGAGCGGCCUGGGUCAACAGUUGAAACAAUAAACAGUGCUGGACUGAUUACUCAGCCAGUGAUGGUCAAAAUAUAUUAUGAUUACAAAAGUGGUACCAAUCCAGGAGUUGUCUACAGUUAUGACCUACCAGCAUCAGUCUCAGUGAAACAACCUCCUGUCUAUGGAUGGUCGUCAAGACGAACAACCUGCAGUGUAACGUGUGGCAAGGGGAAAGUUAUUACUGAACUUAGGUGUUCUCGUCUACGCACUGGUAUUGAUGUUGAUGACAGCAGAUGUUUUGGCUUGCCUCUUUUGCCUCGACAAAGUGAGGCAUGUGAUGCUGGCAAUUGCUCUGGUAACCCCAGCUAUUAUUGGGUGAACAAGAAAUGGAGCGCUUGCAGUAAGACUUGUGGAACAGGUUUUCAACGUCGAAUUAUAGUUUGCCGCAAUGGAGCCACCAAUAAAAACGUAAACUUUGUCCACUGCAACAAAUUAACUCGCCCUAGAACAAAUCAAGUGUGUGUAAAUUCUGUUUGCACUGUUGCUCCCACUACUCCUGCGCCUCCCAUUGUUGGUGCUUGGAUUACUGGCCAAUGGUCUGCUUGCUCCAAGACUUGUGGUCCAGGAAAGCAAACUCGGUCUGUGUCUUGCAACUUUCCUACUUGUCAAGGAUCAGAACCAGAAUCUAAGCGCUCCUGCAACAUCAAACAUUGUCCCAUUGCGUGUUCUCGUGAUAAAAAUAUAAAGCCAGUUGCUCGCACAGCUGUCGACAUGACCUGUUUGCUCUAUUUUGGACUGCUCUACAGCUGUAUUGUUUCUGUGCAAUUGAAAUCGUUGCACCAUUUCAUGACUCCAGAAGACUUUGAAGACCUUCUAGGAGCCAAAGGACUCGAAGACAUUCCUGAGUAUGAUGUCACUACACCCAUUCAGACGGACCACAAGGGAGACUACCUGACCUAUGACCUGGCAACAGCACAUUCAAGAGCUAGACGUGAAGAGCAUCAUCUACUCAAAGAUGUCCCUGCUCAUUUCGAGCUCACUGCGUUUGGAAAACACCAUCAGAUGACUGUUAACCCAAACAACGACCUUUUGGCACCAAGUUUUUUCGUCCAGACAUUUGGAGACAAUGACACUGUACACACAGAUUUUGACUUGACAAUGUGUCACUUUGUUGGCAAGUUAACAUCCCAGUCAUCUGCAUCACACGUAGCAGUCAGCAACUGCAACGGCUUGAUGGGUGUAAUCAUGACAGACACGGAUCACUUAUACGUUCAUGGUCUACCUGAUCAUUUACUUGCUUCAGAAGGCAACCCCGACAACCACACACAUAUUGUUUACAAGAGAUCUUCAUCUACAGUACCAGCUUCUGAAGGAACCUCAAGACCAGGACAUGGAAAAUCUGGCUGUGGUGUCGAAGGAUCGGUGCCAAAUACAGUUUACGACACAAACAAGAUUCUUCGAGAGGAUUUGCUACUUGGCCGUGUACAUAAGGAAGAUUUAGCUGAUGCAUCUAAAACAUACGUGGGUGGCCGAUACAUUAUUGAAGCACUGGUUGUUGCAGACAGUGAUCUCUACAAGAAGCAUGGCUCAAAUACAAGAACUACAAAGAAUUAUAUCAUUACACUGAUGAACAUCGCCAGUAGUUUGUAUAACGAGUUCAACCUUGGAUUUGAUGUUCGACUUGUUCUUAACAGAAUCAAGAUUUUUGGAUCAUACAAUGCACAGACUAGACAGAACUUACACAUCAACCAAGACUCAAAGACAAGUCUUGAGAGUUUCUGCAAGUGGCAAUCGAAGACAAAAACACACGAUGCCAGUGACCCACUUGACUAUGACCACGCAUUCCUCCUUAUUGGACGAGGAAUGUGCUAUAAUAGAAAUGAGGACUGUUGGGAGCUUGGUCGUGCAUGGAUUGAAGGAAUGUGCGAUAAAGACUACGCAUGCUCAAUCAAUGCAGACAAGGGAAUGCAGAUUGGGUUUGUAUUUGCUCACGAAUUGGGACACAAUCUUGGGAUGUUGCACGAUGGUGCCAAUGGACGAUGUAGACAUGAAGAUGGCUUCCUUAUGAAAUCAACAACAAGCAAUGCUCAAAGAAUUUUCUUAUUUUCAUCAUGUAGCAAAGACUACCUAUUGGGUUAUCUCAAAGAUGGAGACACUAAGUGUCUUAGAGAUGGACCAAGUAACUGGGAACGUGGAUUUGGAUGUAAUGGCUACGAGUUUCCUGGUAUGAUCCACAGCCGUGAUCAGCAAUGUAAGUAUUCAUUUGGAAAGCAAGCAACUUACUGCUACAAAGAACCCGACUAUGCCGACCACCAAAUCUGCACCAAAAUUUGGUGUGAUGACAAAAAGUACUCAGUUUGUGUGAGUACUUACACGGGUGCAGCUGAUGGUACACCCUGCGAUUAUAAAUCAAAUUGGAAAGGAGACAAAGUUUGCUACAGAAGACGUUGUGUAAACAAAAACCGUUUGUUGCUACCAGAUUUGCCUGGUUGUGUAGGUGGUACAAUUCCACCCACUACAACUUCUAUCCCCAUCGCAACAGAUAUCGCAGCUACUCCUCCAGACUGUGACUAUCCUGUAGUCGAUGGGCAGUGGACUGCAUGGUCAGCAUUCACUUCCUGUGGUAAAACAUGUGGAGGAGGCUUUCAAUACAGACAACGUCAAUGUGCUAACCCAAAACCUUCUAAUUGUGGAAAUGACUGUCCUGGAAAAUCUAGAGACAUAAAAUAUUGUAACCCCACACCAUGCCCUGGAGUCGCUGACUACCGACAACAGCAAUGUUCACUGUUAAACACAUUCAAACCAGGCAUUGAUCUUGUUCCAGACUACAACGUUCCUACGAAAGAUCAGUGUCGCCUAAAAUGUGUGUCAGUCUCUAAAGUCAAAUACACGGUAACAUCAGCCGAGGCAGCAGAGGGUACUCACUGUAACAACAAAACCAAUAAUCGUUGUUUUUAUGGAAAAUGUCAUCCUGUUGGUUGUGACAACGUCUAUGGAUCGAGUAAGCAAUACGAUCAAUGUGGCAUUUGUGGAGGAAAUGGUGACCCCCGAAACUGCAAGCACUAUACUGGAAGCUACCAUCUGCAACAUCAGUGGACAGGAUACUAUGAUGUUACUGAAAUCCCUGCAAAAGCAAGUCGUAUUUCAAUAUCUGAAAAAUCACGAUCUCCUGCGAUUACACUCGUUCUUUCCUACUCCAGAGGAGGAGACAUAUUCAAUGUACUUACACUAGGCUCAAAGGAUCAAACACAAAUUGCUGCUGGUUCAUUCUUUGUCUACAAACCUCCUGGAUCAAACGUAGAAACAAUAACUAGUACUGGACCAAUUGACCAGCCAGUGACGGUCAAAAUAUAUUAUGAUUACCAACGUGGUACCAAUCCAGGAGUUGCCUACAGUUAUAACCUACCAAAAUCAGUCUCAGUUAAAGAACCGGUCUUUGAAUGGGUCUCGAGGCGAACAACUUGCAAUGUAACAUGUGGCAAAGGAACAAUAACAAGUGAUGCAAGAUGCUCUUAUCGAUCCACUGGUAUUGAUGUUGACAACAGCAAAUGUUUUGGCAUGCCCACUCUAUCUAAAAAAAGUGAGCCAUGCGAUGCUGGUAGUUGUCGUGGUCAGCCCAGAUAUUAUUGGGGGAGCUCACCAUGGAGUGAUUGUAGUAGAACUUGUGGAUCAAGUUUUCAAUAUCGAAGCAUCUUUUGCCUGAAUGAAAACACCGCUCGAAAGGCAAACUUUGCCAAAUGUCAGAGCUUAACUCGUCCAACAACAUCUCGAACAUGCAUAAAACCUUCUUGUGACGUCAGUCUUGGUGAUUGGUCUAUUGGUCAAUGGUCCGCUUGCUCCAAGACUUGUGGUGUAGGAAAACAAACUCGUUUGGUGUCGUGUAACUUCGAUACCUGCCGAGGACAAAAACCAAUUUCUACGCGUUUAUGCAACAUUGCAGCAUGCACAAUUGGUGAUUGGUCUAUCGGUCAAUGGUCUGCUUGCUCCAAGACUUGUGGUGUAGGAAAACAAACUCGUUUGGUGUCGUGUAACUUCGAUACCUGCCAAGGACAAAAGCCAAUUUCUACGCGUUUAUGCAACAUUGCAGCAUGCACAACUGGGUGUUCUCAUGACAAGAAUGCAAAGGUGUGCAAGGUGCUUUUACAGUCUGACUGUUUUGCUGGAUGUAACAACGAAGUGCUGAAAGAGUUCUGUUGUAAGACAUGCAGCAACCAGAUUGACUGAUCUGUGUGGACCUUGUUGUUAAUUAUCUAUCGUUAUUGCUGAAAUCCUACUGUUGUUUUAUACAGUAUAUAGUCUAAAGGAUGUUCAGUGACACCACUAGAUGAAUAAAUAUAAUAUACAUACAGAAAA